GGAAAUUUAAGUAUUUUUCCCUUAGCAUUUGCAUUAGUUGAAGGGGAGAACAACCUAAGUUGGGCAUGGUUCUUUGACCAGCUACACGCCCACGUCACACAAAGAAUGGGUAUUACAAUUAUAUCGGAUCGACAUGCCGGGAUUAAACACGCCGUCCGUGGUUUCCCGGACGAAUGGGGAUGGACAUGGCGUUGGUGUAUUCGUCACUUCCUAGCCAAUUUCCAACACAAAUUUGGCAAGAAGAAAGACAUCAGAGAUCAAUUAUGGAGUGCAGCGGUUGCACAUCAACCAAAAAAGUACGAGCAGAAGAUGAAGACGAUCCGUCAAAUACACCGGGCGGGAGCAGUAUGGGCAGAAGGUCAAGAUCUGCACAUGUGGACAUUUCACAUGGACAACGGGGCUAGAUUCGGAAUUGCAACUACCAACCAUGGGGAGAGCAUAAAUGGAGUCUACAAGGGCAUUAGGGCAAUGCCUGUAUCUGUCCUAGUGGAGAUGACAUACUGGAAGGUAAACGAGUGGUUUGUGAAGAGACGGGAUGCUGCUAUAGGGAGGGAGCGUGCUGGUCAUUCAAUAGCUAAG